AUGCCAGUGACCGUUACAUUCAGAACUCUCACUCAACAAAACUUCAACCUCGAGCUGAAUGAGGAACAAACCAUCGCCGAAGUGAAAGCACAAGUCGCAUCAGGACGUGGGGAUGAAUACGCUCCAGAAUUGCAGAAAUUGAUCUGGAACGGAAAAGUUCUUGAUGAUUCUCAAAAAGUUGGAGACAUUGGAUUCGAUGGAACAAAGUUUGUAGUCGUGAUGCUUGCCAAAAAGAAGGCACCAGUCGUUACACCAGCCCCUGCAGCUACUCCAGUUCCAGCUUCUGAGCCUGCCGCUACUUCUGCCGCACCAGCUCCAACCCCAGCACCAACCGCCGAACCUGCUGUAGCUGCACCUGCCGCUGAACAGCUCACUGCGGAUCAAGAAGAAAGCGUGAAUGCCAUCACAAGUAUGGGAUACGAUAGGGAGCAGACUACCGCCGCUCUUCGUGCUGCUUUUUGGAACCCCGAACGCGCGGUUGAGUUCCUUCUCAAUGGAAUUCCAGAUGAUAUUGUCAACCAAGAGCCAGGAUUUGGACUUCCGGAACAAAACGCCGAUAAUGCGGACGAGGAUGUUAACGAAGACCUUGACAUGCUUGCUAACAUGCCACAGCUCGGUGAAAUCAGAAACAUGAUUCAACAGAAUCCAGAGAUGCUUGCUGCUGUACUCCAACAGUUGGCUACCGUGAAUCCGAGACUUGUACAGGUAAUCCAAAACAACCAGCAAGCUUUCAUGGAUCUUUUGAACCGAGGAGGACCAGCUGGAGGAGCUGCGGCAGGUGGGAACGCUGGAAAUGCCGGCGAGAGAGGAGGGCAGCGUCGUCACGUCAUUCAUCUCAGCCCAGAAGAAGCUGAAGCUAUCGCUAGAAUCAAGGCUAUCGUCUCGCAUGCUCCAGAAGCGGUUGUUGUUGAGGCUUAUUUCGCUUGCGACAAAAACGAGGAAGCUGCUAUCAACUUCAUCUUCCAAUCAUUCAAAUGUCUUGAUUGCCUCCCCGAUUGCCCGUUUGUCUAUAUAUUAAAAGAAGAAUCCCCAUUCAGUUUCUCAAACUGUUUGUCACUCGCUACCGGUAGGAUGCCGGGCAAAAUAAGCGAAGAAGCAAUGCAGGAACAGGCUGAAAGAGCUGAAUAUGUUAAAAACAUUGGAAUUGAAUACAGGUUCGGAUGUUACGAAGAGAAACGACCAGAGUCCUGCCAAUUACUCGGAGAGUACAUGGAAGCUCUUCAACAAAACUUCUCAGCAGCGCUUGCUAUUUUCAAAAAGAAUUGCGAUGAGUUCAGUUAUCCAAAGUCUUGUUUCAAGUAUGGAAUGUAUAUGUUAGCCGGAAAAGCAGGCGACGAUGCAAACCUUUCAAAGAUGAUUCGACCGAUGAAAAUCGCCUGUGAUGCUAAUAUCCCACAAGGCUGUCGUUACUUGGCUUUGGUUCACUGGAAUGGAGAAAAAGAUCGGAAGGCAGAUUCAGAGAAAGCUGAAAGAUAUAUGAGGCGGGCUUGUGAACUGGAAGACGGUGAAGCAUGUUGGCUGCUAAGCACAUGGUACAUGGGUAAUAAGGAGAAGUUCAAGACGACUGCUUCUGGAGAAGCCAAGGAGCUCGACCGAUCAGACCUUGGCCAAUUGUCACGUGAUAUGGAAAAAAGUCUUCAAUAUGCAAUUCGAGCAUGUGACCUAGAUAUUCCUCAAAGUUGCGCAAACGUUUCGAGAAUGUUCAAAUUGGGAGAUGGCGUUCCAAAGGAUUUGGAUCAAGCGAAAAAGUAUGCGGACCGAGCGAAAGAGAUUAUGGAUGUAAUGCGAUCCAACGAUACCAGUGCUGGAUUUACUGCAUAG